UUGUGUUUGUGGCAGUGUUUAGUGACGGUGGUCAAUCGGCUGAAAAAAGGAGAUUAGUGAGAAAUCGCCCACGGGAAAGAAACGCCGCGAGCACCCAAGAAAUUAGCGGUGCUAGGCCUUCUUUAAUCGCACUGACGUCGCCUGCAGCGGUUGGAUUGAGCCGGUGUUCCUCCAGAGUUGAAGGCGUAAGGCGUCGACGGCUGUAACCUUUUGCUUCCGGCUUACUCUGGACGGUUGAACUGGUUUCGGCGCACAGCAACAGCGAGAAAGAAAUACGAACGCGAUGGCUUCAUCGACAGGAGUUGUCGUACCACGAAACUUUCGUUUACUCGAAGAGCUCGAAGCUGGUCAGAAAGGCGUAGGCGACGGUACAAUCUCCUGGGGUCUCGAGAACGAUGACGAUAUGACUCUCACUCACUGGACCGGCAUGAUCAUCGGUCCGCCUCGAACCCCAUUCGAGAACCGAAUGUACUCACUGAAGGUCGAAUGCGGCGAGCGCUAUCCUGAUGAGCCACCAACGUUGAAAUUUCUAUCCAAAAUAAACAUAAACUGCAUCAACAGUCAAAACGGUGUGGUCGAUCACAGAAUGGUUCCGGUGCUGAGCAGAUGGAACCGUGAUUACACUAUUAAGACAAUUUUACAAGAAAUUCGUAGGAUUAUGACGCUAAAGGAAAACCUAAAGUUAACACAGCCACCGGAGGGUAGUUGCUUCUAGUGCUCUUAAACCAACUGUAACGAAAAGCGGCGCGAGGAAAAGAGAUGGAUUGCAGAAAGUAUGCUGAUGCGGGGAAAGCUUUUGAAAGCAUUGCGCGCAGUGAAUGAGGUGCGGAGGUGGCGAGGAACUGAUAAUCCAAUACAACCAUGAACCACUAUAGCAAAGCAAAAAGAACAUAAUAAAAACAAAAAGUAAAAAAAAACUGAUAAAAGCAAGCCAAGCUAAAGUGAAAGGACAACGGAUGGAAACGCCAUGGAAGGACUAGUACGCAAAACGUUAGGACAGAAUAAUGAAGAAAUCGACCAUAAAGCUUGUGGUAGCUGCAGGCGCAGCGAAACCAUUGAAGUGGAAGAUUUGUAUGGGCUGGAUAAAAUCUGCUUUGCUGUGGUUGCUCGAUCAUUUGCCAGCGGACGAUAGCCACGUCCGCAUGGGCAAGUACAGUAACGAUCAAUUUCACGAUCGUCCUUUGCGUGUUCCGUUUGGUGAUCCUCCUGUUUUUGUCGGUUAGAUCUGCUGCUGAUACUCACAUUGCUAUGAUCGGUCCAUUAGGGCACGCCGGCCAGUUUUAAGCUGAAUCACGAUGUCGAUAUCAGGAAGCCUGCCCAACGUGGAGUGAUGAUGAGUUUGUCUUUCGUCCACUCGGAAAGAGUUUGGCAUGGUAAAAUACAAUAAAAACUUAACCCAAAGUCUCUGCUGCUAACCACACUUACCUACCAAAACCAUGGGCGCACCUAUUAUGAUUAUGAUAGCGAUUUAAAAGGCCACACCAUACCCAUUGAGGAAAGAAAAAUUCCUAAUAUGCUUUGUUUUCGAGCGCUAUAAUAUCCGUUCCAAUUGCCGUGUUAAUCCCGUGUUCCGGAAGUAACAGAGAGAGAAUGAAGGAAGGAACUGUAUACACUGUUUAUGGGUUUGAUGUUAUAAAGUGAAGAGAAAAAAACAAAACAACAUUCUUUUGUUCUUUCAAAUUAUGAUGCUGCUGUGUUCCAGUUUGAGUCGGCUUGUUUCGACGGUUUUACCAGUCCUUGAGGGGCGGUGUCCUACAACGCGUUCCAACAAGCGGAACUUCAUCAUCAGAUCAGCUUUCCAGAGUUUUGAACGUGAAAUGUCGCUUCUAAUCAGGAAGAAGAACCUCGUAUCUAAACAAUGAUAUUCCAGACGACCCAAUACCGCCAGAUUUUGGGCUGCGCAAAUAAAGAACUCGCAGUAGAAGACGCCUUUUGACUGGCAAAGGCAAAGUCAUCAAAGUUACUGUACUAUGUGCGCUGACUUCACAGGUUUACGAAAGUUCAUUACAACGGCACACUAAGUACUUUUGCCUACAUAAUACGGCCGUUUCUAAUACUGUAGUAAGCCUCUAGUGUCGUACUUUCGUAUCAAACUGCCUUUCCUUCCUUGGCUUUUUCAUGUCCCGGUUGUAGCGUAAGUUAUUUUAUGGAAAGUUAUUUGAUUAUCAGUAGGCAGGAAAUAGAGACAAGGUAAAAAAAAAACACGUGAAUUGAAUCACCGCGAAGUCAAUAUUAAACUUCAAACAAAUUGAAAUGAUUAUCACUCCAACCCUUCGCUAAAUAAAGAGAAAACAAAAACCUAGACGGAAAAAACCGCGCAAAAAAAAGAAUGAAAACGUGGCUUAAAGUAAAAAAAGGACAACCGUUUUCAAAGGCUUGGUCUCUUAGCCCCAACAGUCAAGUAAGCCGCAAUACGACAUAACGCCGGAGAGGCUUAUAUCGGAGGACAGAACUCGGACCCUACCACUGAACGAUGGCAAACCGAACAAAAACAAGGACUAACAGAAACUGGCGGCAGUGCUAUUGGUAAAAACACGUGUGUUCUUGCUGAAAAGUGCACUCCUUGAGGAAUCAUGAGGAAACAGGAACUGAUAAAAUAGCAAAAAUGGACUCCUUUGUUUAUGAGCGGAAAGUAUUGUCAGGAUACGUUUUGUCCGGUGCAAGAUUCCGUCUGACUCUCAAAAUGCCAGACAGGCUUUCAUUGGCGCUGGAGCAAUGAGCAGGAGGAGGGAAAACAGGAGAGGGUAUUCUGCUUGCAACGAUCCACGUUUCGCUGCUGCACGCGCAAUAGAAGGCCAUGAAAUAUCUGAGCGAGAAUAAAACCAAUUCUUAUUAAGUGACCCCUUUCGAUAACUCGCUUGCUUGGUAACAGCCGGGAAUGGGAAAGCGAUCACAGGUAGGUGUUGCGAAAAUGAACAGUCCAUUUGGGAGACGUUUCGUUUUAAUGCUUUAUUUCGUUUUUUUGCUAAUCACACUGAUCAACGCACCGAACCGUGUCAACAGAGCGUCAACAAUGAAGCUACAAAUCACCAACCUUUCCUAUCGCGCGUUCUCCCACAACGAUCCCCACCGUCAUUCCGUUUUUCUAAGCGUCAUUUGCUCACCCCGAUCAGUGACAAUGCCGGGUGCGCAGCAUUGAGCACACACUCGGUAUCUACCGCGGCCGAAGAUGUAAGAACUAUUGUUCGGAUGUCCCGUUCGAUCUACCGUUCCGUUUUUUAUGCGAGAAACACGAAUUCUCUUUCAAAUUAAUGAAUUCCGAUUUCGAAUUGUUUGUGACGAAUUACAGUACGUUAUACGUGUUAUGUUUUGUGUUCUUAUGCAUUUUCAUUCGUACAAUGGCAUAUUAAUUGAACUAUACAGCAUACAGCUGAAGGAUAAACUAGCCGGAAACUAGGCAGCAAAAAGCAUGUUAUUUUUCCAUUUCACGCAUGUUUCUGUGUGUGUGUUUGCGUUGUUUCGCGUGUUUGGGUCUACAAGAGAAUAAGCGACAUCCUUUAAUUUAUGCUUCUUAUUUUAAUGGCCAAGUUGGCAGGUUGGUGGUUGGUUGCUUCUUUGCUGUAAGGAGUCCCUCGAUGCACCAUAAACACACACACACACAUACACAGGCGGGCGCGCGCGCGCGCGCAACUGCAUCAUAACGAUUGCUCUGAUGUUGCCACGGAUUUGCUGAUGGUGAAUUAUUUUGCUGUUGCUGUCGCUCUUCUGUCAAACGAUCCUACGCCACUCCGCUCUUCAACCCACCGUUAUCUUCCAGACACUUCCUUUACUUGCUCUUUGGAUGGAAGGAAAUCUUUCGCGUCUUCAAAGCGGCCCACUUGUGCCGCUUGAUAUAGUAGGACAGGGCACCCAGGAUGAGCACAAUGCCGAGCGACUUGAUUCCCAUGCGCUUGCGCUCAUCGUGGUACGGUUCGGCGGCCCACACCAAAAA